ACUACCUGCGCUCCCACUUUCGGCAUACGGAGCUCCGUGUCGGGCAGUGGAGGCACUAAUUUCUGCUGUUCUGUGGGGCGACAACUUGCAGAUUCAGGUUUCUCGAACGACGAUCAGCAACCUGUCAUCACCUCCCUGCUCAAGUCUGUGUGCAUCAGCACGCCUAUCCCUUCGUGGUCUCAGAAUCACUUCGGCAGCCGUACAAAAACAUCAAGGGACUACAGGCUGUAAGAUUAGAGAGAAGGAUGGGAUCAUCAGCUGUCUGUCUGGCUUGGUUCCUCAUUCUAGGCUUCACCACUAGUGCAUUAAGUCUCAACCCUGAUGACCCCAAUGUCUGCAGCCACUGGGAGAGCUAUGCAGUGACUGUCCAGGAGUCCUACGCUCACCCAUUUGACCAGAUCUAUUACACAAGAUGCACAGACAUCCUAAACUGGUUUAAAUGCACCAGGCAUAGGAUCAGCUAUAAGACGGCUUACCGGCGGGGAGUAAGGACCAUGUAUAGGCGCCGCUCACAGUGUUGCCCUGGUUACUUUGAAAGCGGAGACUUGUGUGUUCCUUUGUGUACAGAGGAGUGCAUGCACGGUCGCUGUGUCUCUCCUGAUACAUGCCAGUGUGAGCCUGGAUGGGGUGGACUGGACUGCUCCAGUGGCUGUGAGAGUGACUUCUGGGGACCUCACUGCAGUAAUCGUUGCCAGUGCCGAAAUGGGGCUAAGUGUAACCCUAUAACAGGGGCUUGUGUGUGCACUGAUGGGUACCAGGGGUGGCGUUGCGAGGACUUGUGUGAGAAUGGUUACUAUGGCAAGGGGUGCUUGCUGCCCUGCCAGUGUCUCAACGGUGCCACGUGUGACCAUGAAACAGGGGAGUGCAUCUGUGCAUCAGGAUACACAGGAGCUUUCUGCGGGGAGCGGUGCCCCUCCGGCAGCCAUGGACCGCAGUGUGAGCAGCGUUGCCCCUGUCAAAAUGGAGGAACAUGUCACCACAUUACUGGAGACUGCUCCUGCCCUGCUGGUUGGACGGGUUUGGUCUGCGCUCAGCCGUGCCCUCUGGGCAAAUACGGCACCAACUGUAGUAAAGACUGUUCCUGUCGCAAUGGCGGCCUGUGCGACCAUGUCACUGGAAAGUGCCAGUGUACAGCUGGAUUCAGUGGACGCAGAUGUCAAGAAGACUGUCCUGUGGGCACCUAUGGUCCACAGUGCAACCAAAGGUGUGAGUGUCAAAACGGUGCAAAGUGUCACCACAUCAAUGGAGCUUGUCUGUGUGAAACAGGCUUUAAAGGCCCUAAUUGUCAAGAGAGAUUCUGUCCUUCGGGCCUUUAUGGCCUCAUCUGUGACAAGUACUGCCCUUGUAAUACCACCAACACUGUGAGCUGCCACCCACUAUCUGGUGAAUGCACGUGCUCACCAGGGUGGACAGGGCUUUACUGCAAUGAGACCUGCCCUCCUGGAUUCUAUGGAGAAGGAUGCUUUCUGCUUUGCAGCUGCACCAAUGGAGCUGACUGUCAUCCUGUCACAGGGAUCUGUACCUGCGCUCCUGGCUUCAUGGGUGAGGACUGUGCCACAAUGUGUCCACCUGGUCUAUUUGGGCCAAGCUGCAUGUCCACCUGCUCCUGCCACAACCAAGCAUCUUGCUCUCCAGUCGACGGCUCCUGCGUCUGCAGAGAAGGCUGGCAGGGUGUUGACUGCUCCAUUCCUUGCUCCAGCGGUACAUGGGGUCUGGGCUGUAACCAAACAUGCUUAUGCACCAACGGCGCUGCAUGUGACCCUGUGGACGGCACCUGUGCUUGUUCUCCUGGCUGGAGAGGGGAGCACUGUCACGAGUCCUGCCCUGACGGCACCUAUGGGUUGAACUGCCGUGAGCGGUGCGAUUGUAGUCAUGCUGAUGGCUGCGACCCUGUGAGUGGCUUCUGUCGCUGCUACCCUGGAUGGACCGGAAUCCACUGCGAUAACGUGUGCCCACAAGGCUUCUGGGGACCCAACUGUUCAGUCAGCUGUUCCUGUCAGAACGGAGGGUCCUGCUCUCCCGAGGACGGCACAUGUGUGUGCGCACCUGGAUACAGAGGGACUUCGUGCAAAAGAAUCUGCUCUCCGGGGUUCUAUGGGCACCGCUGCAGCCAGACGUGUCCGCAGUGCGUGCACAGCAUCGGCCCGUGCCAUCAUGUCACUGGCCACUGUGAGUGCCUCUCUGGCUUCACGGGCUCCCUGUGCAACCAAGUCUGUCCGAGCGGCAGGUACGGCGGGGCUUGCGCAGAAAUCUGCCUCUGCACCAACAACGGCACCUGCAACCCCAUCGACGGCUUCUGCCAGUGUUUCCCCGGCUGGACCGGAGAUGAUUGCUCGCAGGCGUGUUCCUCUGGGCACUGGGGUCCUGAUUGUCUCAACUCGUGUAACUGUCACAACGGAGCCCAGUGCAGUGCCUAUGAUGGGGAGUGCAGGUGCAGCCCUGGCUGGACUGGUCUCUACUGCACACAGCGUUGUCCUUCAGGUUUCUACGGAAAAGACUGCUCUGAAGUCUGCCGCUGCCAGAAUGGCGCGGACUGUGAUCACAUCACGGGCCAGUGUGUUUGCCGAACAGGCUUCAUUGGGACGGGCUGCGAGCAGAAGUGUCCUGCUGGUACAUUUGGAUAUGGCUGCCAGCUGCUGUGCGAGUGCCUGAACAAUGCAACGUGCGACUAUGUGACUGGAACAUGCUACUGUAGCCCCGGAUAUAAAGGCAUCCGCUGCGAUCAAGCAGCUCUGAUGAUGGAAGAGUUGAACCCAUACACCAAGAUAAGCCCGGCGCGUGGUUCAGAGCGGCAGUCUGCAGGGGCUGUCAUGGGCAUCAUCUUUCUGCUUCUCAUCCUCAUGGCCAUGCUUAGUGUGUUUGUGUGGUACAGGCAGAGACAGAGGGACAAGGGCCAGGAGAUCCAGCCUAGUGUGUCCUACUCACAGGCAAUGCACAUUAACAACACUGACUACUCUCUUUCAGAGUGUGGCAGUACUGUUGCGAUGAGGACCAGCGCCUCAGAGAUCAGUCAGAACCAGAACAGCACCAGCAACACUACCCAGUGCUUCUCCAACCCCAGCUACCCCACCGUAGCCCAGUGCAACGUGGUCUCCACCAUUUCCAGCAAUCUUGAUGGGACCCUGACUCUCAAAUCAAGUACCCUAAAGAGCCGAAAUGCCUCAGAAUGGAGAGCCUUCUGCAACCUAAACGACAUAGAAGUUCAACAGAAUGAGGCACAGCCACAAAAAGCAUCACGAAAAGAUUACAUAAAGAGCUCCAUGUGCAACAACAACAGCUCCUGCUCGCUGAAUAGUGAUAAUCCAUACGCCACUAUCAGAGACCCACCCGGGCUGGCGUGCAAGCACACAGAGAGCAGCUAUGUGGAGAUGAAAUCCCCCUCCCACCGUGAAGUCCCCUUUGGAGGCACCGCCACUCUCCUGGGCACCGUGAGCAGGAACGUCUAUGAUGUUGAGCCCACUGUGAGUAUCCUGCAGGGACCCAAUGGCAUGGCCACAGGUUUUUCCCAGGGUCCUUAUGACCUUUCCUGUGGCAGCCACAUCCCUAGCCACUACGACAUUCUGCCCAUGCGCCACAGCCCCACACACACACCCCCGGCACCCCCAGAAAGCCCCAGUUCCUUGCUUUAGGGUGAACACCCUCUACCUGGCCUGGCAACCACAGGAAACCAACUUUCAGCCAAUGGCUCUCCCUUUGUCUCUAUAUGUGUUCGAUUUGGUGCUGAGAUUCUGAGAUGGAGAGACAGCCACGAUUCUGACUCACUUUGGCUCUCUUCCUGUGACCUUGAAGGACAAUGAGGGGAGGAAAAAGUGUCCAACUCACCAGCGACUGUUCGCCAGUUUUAUUUUGUUAUGGAGUUGACUACUCAGACUGCUGCCUGGCCUUUAUAUGGACCUCCUGAUGUGGAACAGGGUUGUUCCGAACACUGCAGAGAGCAGGACACAUGAACUGAGUGGACAGUUUAUUUACAGGGAGAGCUGUUCUCUUGCUCAUUUUUAUCCCAUGAUAUAUGUUUAUUAAAAAGAGCAGCAGAGUGUUUAUAAUGUCCCCCCAAACCAAAAUUAUUGUUCUGGAGAGAAGAUAGCAUAAAGAGAAGCUCUGCUCAUCGAACUCAGAAGUGAAGGAAUGUUUCCGGUGGCCUAAAUGUUCGACAUGGGACUGUGAAAAAGAAUUUGAGCAAGCAUGGGUAAAAUAGAAAAUUGUUGUAAUGGUUCUGUAUUCGCUGUUAUCCAGUAAUGAUCACACACAUAAUACUAAUGUAAGCUAAGUUUUGUUGUUAACGAGGCCGUGUGUAUCUGGACAUGUUUUCAGCUCGCCAGUGUUCAUGCAUUUAUUCCAUUUAUUGAGACUUACAGACACAGAAUCGGUCUAACGUUUGACCCUUUUCUUCGUAUUAAUGAAGUGCUCCAAUCUUGUGUUGUUUUCCAUGUGAAGGCGUUUUUUUUUUUUUUUUCUCUCUCUCUUGCAAAUGUCUUGGUUUCUGUUUUAAGGUCACUGGAUGCUUCAAUCUUUUAUGUUUUGUAUUUAUGAAGCUCUUUGCUUUACGUAUUAAUUUAUAUUAUUGAAGACUUUUUUUAUUAAUGUGGUUAUAAUAAUAAAAAGAUGAGCAUGAUCAGAUAAUGAUACCCACCGAUGUAGAUAACACACAAUUUAUCUUCUUGUGAGAUUAGCUGUGUCAUUUUGUGAGCUGUUUUUGAAGUCACUUAAAAUAUUCUCUCUGUCAAAUUGUAGAUUAAAAAUAACUUUUCAUCUGACCAAUGUAAGACCCAAAAGCAUUUACAAAGGGGAUUCAUGUGUGAUAGAAAUCUGUUUCUAAAACCUCUUUUUAUUUUCCUAUCAGGCUAAUUAAUUCUUUUAUCUAGUAGAUUGAAUUUGCUUAAAUCCAUUCCACCCUCUGUUGAAGCAAUAACAUGUUGACAAUCGAUGCACAGACAGCGUUUCACUGGACAUCACCACAUCUAUGAGCAGCAUAGUGACAGUUGAUCUCACCUCCCAUGACUGUCCUUUUAGGACAUUUUUUUCUAGUUGCUGUCACAUAAAUCUGGUUGUUGUUUUGGUACUUAAGUUUGUUUACUAUUAAAUACCUCUUCUGUCACCAAAAACCUGUCUCAUUCACAUUAAUACACUGAAUAAGAACAAAUAAAUUUCCUUGAUAAAUUUAGCUAAUGUGCUAAUUUAGGUUUGGGAGCAAAGCCAUGCCUGAGCCCUGCCUUUAAUCACUUGGCAAGUCUACUUGUAGCUGGCGCUCACACACAGAUCACUUUAUCUUCUGCUCUCGACACCACAUCCCUGCGUCGCUUCAUCAUCUCAUCCUGACCUUAUCGCUACUCUUUUUCUUUACUCCAGCCUUGUCAUUGUUGUACAAGUCUUUUUCCUUCAAUUCAAUCCUCCCCGUCCUUCUUCUUAACAAAUCUUCCUUAUCACUCAGCAAUUCUUGUUUCUCUCCGUUCUUGCACCAAAUCCUCAUUGGUUCUCCUUUUUUGAAUUAUUUGUGUAAAAUGUCAUUUAGCCUAGCUAUUGUUUUUUAUUUGGAAUAAAAGAAAAAAGUAACCCCUUUCUAUUUCAUCCAACCUCCACAUCCCUACAUUUGAUCCAUUUUCAUUUUGCUCCUUCUCAUCUCUUCAAAAUGUUGUCCCAUCCUACCCAUCUUCUAAUUCUUCCUCAUCCUUCUUUGUGAUCCUCUAUGAGGAUGAGGAGGAUGAGGAAAACAAAAUUCAGAUUACACAAUUUACUCAUUAAGCAGUACAAAAUACCCUUUUGACUCUAUUUCAUCACACUCCUAAUAACCUUCUAUCAUUUGAUCUAUCCCCCUCAUCCAUCUUUAAAACUCCAUCUUCAUCCCUUUCAUCCUUUUUUCUCUCAUUUUCACCCCUUUUAUUCCACCUACCCAUCUUUAUAACCAAACUUAUUCUUCUUUACAGUCUCAGUCUCUUUUUCCUAUACCUCCCUGUAUUCCAUUCAUUAUUUGCAUCGAUACUUAAGAGCCUUUUGCAUCCCUGUCAUCUUCCCCUUGUCUUUUACUCAUCAUCACACUCAUCACACUCUCCCUUUGUCCUCCCUUCCUCUUCAUCCUUCCUUGCUAUCCUCUUUACCAUCCAUUUUAUUCUAGUCAUCCUCUUAAUUUCUAUAACCAUUUUCGUCUCACCCACGCUCCCUAUCUGCUUUUUGCACAUUGUUUUCACUCCCAUUAUCCAAAUCAACUGUUUUUUAUGCAUUUUAAGCCCACCCAUUAUGGAUUUGUGAUGCCAUUUGGCUGCAGACAGAAGCCCCACUCUUCCUCCUAACCAAUAAAAACGAGACUCCUCAUGUAGUGCAGCCUUAUGAUCUAGCUCCUGUAUUUCUUCGUUCUCUCUUUUAUUGAGUCAGUGAACUCCCGUUGUCAUUGUAUGGUCUCUGCUGCUGUGAGAUUUUCUUUCUAAUAAGAAAUCAAACUGUAAUAGCAGAUCCUCACAGUCCGGACCUUGAUUCGAGUUUUGAAGAGAAGAAAUUCACUCCGGUAGGAGCUUCAGAGCUGCCGUAUUCACAGACAGAAAUAUUCUGUUGAGGGAUUUUAUUUUGAAUCGAAAAGAUAUUAAAAUACAUAGAAUUUAUGUUCUUGUGAUUAUAUCCACUGCUUUGCAAAUAUAUGUAUUGCCUUUUUUGACCACCAAUAUAAAAUUUUUAUAGCUUUUUUCCCCCAACUGUUUACUUUACUGUCAGCACAACCGUUGUCCACGGGAAUAAAGGCUGGUUCUUUUGCACAAUUCAACUUUAAAUUGUCAACAAACUAAAGAUCUGUCUCUGCCUCAACAGUUUGAAAUAUUUGACCAUUUAAACCUGAUUUUUUAAAAUAUGUUUACUUAUAUUUCAAGAUUUUAGAAUCAAUAUUUACAUAUUUGCGGGUGUAAAAGUUUUACAUUCAAAUAGGUUGUUCAGUUUGUUUUCUAUCAUCGCUGAAACUUCAUAGAGAUUGUUGAGUGCUGUUCUACGGUUCCUCAUCUUUAAGAUUUCCAGAGUGACACAAAUGAUAGAGAUGCCAUCGUCAACAACCUAUGAUUGUGACUAGAAAAACCUGUGAAGUGAGCCGACAACAGGGAAAAAAGAAUCAAAUGAAAGUUUUGUCUUUAUCCACUGUAUAAAAUUCAGGGAAGAUAUUCAUUUUCUAGUUUGUUAAAUAUAGUUACAACAUAUGUUACAAUACAGAAAUAGACAACAUGCCUUUGAGUUGCUUUGAAAAGUCAGAGGCAACAACAAUUUCCCCUAAAUCUGUGAAAAAAUGGUUUUAAAUAAAAGUUAAUGAUCUGAGAAUUAAAUGUAUCACAUCCAUUUCAUAACUAAUGAAACUGAACUGGCACUGUCUUUCAACUGAGUCACUAUGACAAUAAAAAACAAGGGAAAACAAAUGUAAUCUGUUGGAUUUUCUGAGCCAGUCCAGAACUCUCUGGGUUAUUUUUCAAUGCAGAAUUUCACCAGAUGUGUUGUUGCAUAAUAUUCAUUUUAGUUCUCCUCUGUAAGCAUUUAAUGUUUGUUAGACAUCUGCACUGGCCAUCUAUUAAUCUGUGUCUGUUUUUUGUGUUUGUUUAUCAUUAAAGCAGAACUUUUUUUUUCAUGUAGUGCAGCACAGUUGCACUAAAUAGUUGCAAAUUGCAUUAGGAGUUUAUUGGACAUUUUUCCAGCUAUUUCUUUGAUGUGCUUUACAUAUUCUUUCUUUUCAAUCGCAUAUUUUACUAAAAUGUCAUUUCUUAAACAACUUUAGGGAUGUUUCUCUUUGCUGCCACGUCUAUAGUAGGGCUUGUAGUGAAUAAGUUGAGCUUCAAGUCAAACACUUUAAAUUACCAGACAUCCAUUCUUCUUUAUUUAGGGCCUGAAGAUAUUUCUCUGAUGCCUGCCUGAUGUAAGUGAUGCGACUCAAACAUCAGUGGUGUUUUUAAAUUGGAAAAUGUAUCCCCAGGUGUCGCUGAAAUUUAACACAGAGUGUAAUAUGGAAAUUGAGAAAAACUCACCAAAUUAUCUUAUUGGUCUGCUGUAAUCCAUUCAUCGCAACUUAUUGUCAAGAAAAACAAAAAUUUGUAAUUAAAAAAAAAAACUGUUUGAAAGAUGUCUGUUGAUUGUAUAUGACAAGCUGUGGAACUUCAGUAUUUAACUAUUCCUAAGUAAACAUGAAGUAAAAAUGAAAAUAUUGACACUGUCUGGCAAAAACAUUCAUACAUCUUGAACUUUUUCUAUUUGUUCAUUUAAUUUUCCUGCAUUUCAAUGUAUUUUCUUGGGACUUUAUGAGACAGACCAAUGCAAAUAGUGCAUAAUUGUUUAUUGGAAGAAAGAACACAUGGUUUUCAAAGUUAUUAAAGGACU